CGCACUCUCAAACCCAUUACUCUCCUAUAAAUAACAGCAAAUAACCAUUGCUAAUAACACAUCUCAUUUCCUACUGAAAUCCCAUCCCUUCAACAAAUUAAGCUUAUUAGCUAGUUCAGGAUGAAGUCCUCAUCUUUAGUUUGUCUUGGUUUUUGCUUUGUUUUUGUGUUGAAUGGUUGUCUAGGUCAGAUAGAACAGCAAGGAGGAGGAUGGCAAACCCAGCAGCAGCAGCAACAGCCACGCCAUUACCAAGGCCAAAGCCAGUGUCGCAUUGAGAACAUAAAUGCACAAGAACCUAACCGCCGUGUUGAGUCCGAAGCUGGUGUUACAGAGUUUUGGGACCAGAAUAACGAACAGUUCGAAUGUGCUGGUGUCGCCCCUGCUCGAUAUAUUAUCCAGCCUAAUGGACUUCUCUUGCCGUUUUUUGUUAAUGCACCAAGACUUGUCUACAUUGUUCAAGGUAGGGGUAUGUCUGGAGCUCUUAUCCCUGGCUGUCCUGAAACUUUCCACUCAAUUCGACAAUCUGUGCAGCAACUAAGAGGAAGAAGCCAGCAACAGGGAGGUGCUAGAGAUCAACAUCAAAAGAUCCGUAGCAUUAGACAAGGAGAUAUCUUGGCUUUACCUGCUGGAGUAACUCAUUGGUUGUAUAACGAGGGCGAGACCCCGCUUAUUGCCGUCUCCCUUCAUGACACAAGCAGUAGCGCUAACCAGCUCGAUCGCCAACUCAGGAAAUUUCAAUUGGCCGGAAGCCAACAAACACAAACGACCUCAUACCAACAACGACAACAACAGCAGCGUCAACAGGCAAGAGGCCAACAACAAGAUGUCCCAGAAAACAACAUCUUCAAUGGCUUCAAUGUUGAAACUUUGGCUGAGGCUUUUGGAGUGAGCACUGAAACAGCGAGGAGACUACAAGGACAAGAUGACCAGAGAGGUAACAUCGUUUUCGUUGAAGGCGGGCUUCAUGCAAUCAGGCCACAACAAGGAGAAGAAGAAGAGGAACAAGAACAACGUUACAGGACCACAAAUGGGUUAGAGGAAACUAUUUGCAGCAUGAGACUCAAGCAGAACAUAGCCAAUCCAACAAGGGCUGAUAUUUACUCAGAAAAAGGUGGAAGAAUCACAACUCUCAACAGUCAGAAGCUACCCAUCCUUAACAACCUUCAAAUGAGCGCCGAGAGAGGAGUUCUUUACCAGAAUGCUCUACUGGCACCACACUGGAACUUGAACGCCCACAGCGUGAUGUACGUCACCAGAGGAAGCUGUAGGUGCCAGAUUGUAGGUAACCAAGGUCGCCAAGUCUUUGACGGACAACUCAACCAAGGUCAAAUGUUGGUUGUUCCUCAGAACUUCGCCGUGGUUAAACAGGCUGGAAAUGAAGGAUUUGAAUGGGUAUCUUUCAAGACUAACGACAAUGCUAUGACAAGUCCACUGGUUGGUAAGACUUCCGUAUUAAGAGCAAUGCCAGUAAAUGUGUUGAUGAAUGCUUAUCAGAUCUCAAGGGAAGAAGCCAAUAGAUUGAAGUACAACAGAGAACAAGAGACUAUGAUACUUACCCCAGGAUCUAGAUCUCAGGUUAGAGCUUCGGCUUAAGCAUAUAUAAUGCGCAUGUAUUAGCUCAUUUUGAAGUGGUUUUAGGUAAGGCAGUAGUAGUAAUAAAUCUGAUCUGCAUAAUGCUGCAGUUGGUUCAGCUUACAUGUAUCAGGCAUGAUGUAAUAAUAACUAUUAGAGUACUGAUCUCAGAGUCUGUUUCUAUUUCUA